UCGUUUUGGUGUUAUGCCGUAAAAGAAAACAGACGACUGCGCAUGCGUACGCGUGUCUAUGGUUACCAAGACGCUGGAGUUUUAGUUGCAACAUGUCAUCAAAAAAGGGACAUAAACUGUCCAAGGCUCAGAAGGUGAAGCAGCAGAAAGAGGAAGAGGAGAAGAGGCUGCAAGAGGAAGAGGAAGCCCGUCUACAGGCAGAGAAAGAGGAACAAGAAAGGUUGGAAAGAGAGAGGAAGGAGAAGGAGCGGGAAAGACUAGAAUUAAAGGACAGAGAGUGCAGGGAGAGUGAACUCAGUGAAUUACGCCAUCUACUGGAAGAAAACCAUACUGCAGUAACUAAAUGGAAAGCUGAAGCUGUGGAGAACGCCAUGUGGGAGAGGUACAUGCGUUGUGAAGGUAGUCCUGACCCGGCAGUACAGCAGGAUAUUAACACAUAUAUCAGCUUAUGGAGAGAUGACCCAGAGGUCAGCAUCACACCUGUGCUCAAGCAAUGUAGCCUCGCUCUCCAGCUGGUUGAGGAGCUGGAAGCUCUGCUCGCAGAUGUCACAGAUCCACAAGAGGCUCUCAGGUACCGAGAGGCUCUCAUGAAUUUGCAGGAGUUAAUCCACUCUAAACAUCAUCUCACUGCUGAGGAGAUCCUCAAGAGGGCCAGUGAGAACACUGACACUGAAACAGGCAACAUGCAGACUGUGGUGAGAGAUGAAAACAUCACACUGUGUCUGUGGGCCAACCUUGAGAAGAAUCCAAGGUUUAAAGGUUUAAACUUUGAAGAGGUCGGCUUUGGCUUUGAGCUUCCAAAACAGUUGGCUGUCAGUGACAUUGCUGUACGCAUUCUUCACACGCACUAUGACCACCUGACCUCGCUCGCCAGGAUGACUCACCUGAAAAUACACACAAUAAGCCACAGAAGUCUUUCAGGGGGUGAUGAGAUUCCAGCAGGUGUGGAUCUACCUGAGCAGGGGGAGACAAGAGACAACGGGGAGGGGAAGGAUGACAAUGAGACUCAGCAGCAAAGAGUGGAUGAGGAAGUGCAAUCCAUCCAAGGGGUAGAGGGGAGAAAGAGCGCAGCCAGUCCACAGUCGAGGAAAACCAGUGCCCAGACUGCAGAAGGACGAGGAAGCCAGAUACAGACACAGAUGGAGGCACUCUCUGCCGAAGGGGACUUGACAUCUCCCUCUGAGGACCUCACAGUAGUGGACAGCACUGAACAUGUCCAGGUGGUCGACUUGAUGGAGUACACGCCUCUCGGUGGGGUUUUCUACUUUGAUGUGUUCCACCUCCCACCACAAGCCCACCAUGUCAACAGCUGGGAAGUUAGACAGCUGCUGGACACGGGGUUACAAGUGUUUUACUACCCCAUAGAAAAGUUGAGCUCAGAUGACACUGACACCAUGAGCUGUCCUCCUGUCACUGUGUCUGUGAGGCUGCCGGACUGUGUCGUCUUUUUGGAAACUCCCCAAGUGGCUCGCUGGGAUGCUGCAGGUAAGCAGUGGAGGAUGGACGGCAUCACUGAUGUGUCUUACAAGGAGGAAGAGGCCGAGAUCUCCUUCAAAAUGGACGCCUUCCAAGCAUUUGUGCUGAUGCAGGAAACCUAUGCCAACUUUCCCUUCCAGAGUUGGGAACUCAGGCCACUGGGCCCAGACUCUGCUGUUUUUACAGUCAAAGGAGCAUUCGUUGAUCUCACCAUCACAAUCCAGGGUGACCAAUGCAUGCUGCUGUCAGAGCAAGAGAAAGGCCUCUCUCACCUCCUGGGAAAGCAGAUGAGCGGCCCCGUUUUGCAGAGAGCCAUGCUCAACGCAGGGAUCAACAUCUUUGUAAAUGAACACACCGACAAAUAUGUCAGCACCUGUGGCAAGGACCCACUUACUGAACAUGCUGCCUACGAACAGAUGGCCCUCUUCGCCUCUGCCUGCGCUUUCUCAUGGAGCAAGUGGAACUCCAAAUGUGGUGCAGAGCACCUGGUCAUGCAGGCAUGUGAGCACCAUGGCCCCGCUCCUGUACCAAAGGACUUGUGGCACCUCUACCUGCUGGGGGCUCAGAUGAGCCUGAAGCUGGAGAUCACAGAGAAGAGUGAGGCUUUCUCUCCAGACCAUUAUCCUGGCAGUGAGUUGCAUUCAACCUUUAUCCACAUGUUCCAGGACGACAUGAGCACUGAUGGCAUAGUAAGGACCAGAGAAUCCAAUUAUCUGUUUGUCAAUACAGUACAGAAUCUUCUCUGUGCUACCAGACCCCUCAUGUAUUCAUGA